AUGAUGCAGAUCGCGCUAAUUGUGGAAGCUGGCAUUGACUUUUUGGAAAUCAGUGGUGGGACAUACGAGAAUCCAACGAUGACCAUAGGCGUGAAAUCAGCUCGUACCAAGGCUCGCGAGGCCUUCUUCCUCGAGUUCGCCUCCGAAGUCCGCAGCCGCUUCCCCAAUGUCCUUCUCAUGGUGACGGGUGGCUUCCGGACGCGCAAGGGCAUGAAUGCUGCCCUCGAAGACAACGCGUGUGAUUUGAUCGGUAUCGGCCGUCCGGCAGCUAUUUGUCCUGAUCUUCCACAUUUGCUUCUUGAUGAGAAUGUGUCUGAUGACAAGGCGAGUCUCAUCUUGGGUACACCUCAUAAGCCACUUCUGAUGAGGAUCCUUCCGAUUCGGUUUUUGGGGGCUGGACUUGAGACGAUGUAUUAUGCGGCUCAGAUUAGACGUUUGGCGAGGGGCCUUCUGCCCAUUGCACCGCGAUUAUAA